GCCUAUCAACCUACCCAAGGCCCAAACUUAGGAUAAGAUUCUACUGGCAGUACCUCAAGUCCCAAUUUGCGCAUUAGAAAAAAAUAUCAUGGCGGCCAUUUGCGGUGGCAGCUUCUUAACACCGUGGUGUGCCGGUGCUAUCCAAAAUCAACAUGCAUCGCAACCUACAACAUUUUUUAGAGCUCCCCACUACCACCAUAGGUUGAGGAAACCACUAGUUGUGGUGGCGGUGACCCAAGGCUCCGCGGAAUCAAGUAAAUCAGAGGAAAAAAUCCCUUCGUGGGCCAAACCAGAUUCCGAUGAAGCACCACCAUGGGCCAGGGAUGAGGCCAAUAAAAACACUUCGGAGCAAGGAUUUGAAAUCCCAUUCUUCGCCUAUCUACUUGCCUCUGCCAUCACAGCAAUUGCUGCUAUUGGUUCCAUCUUUGAAUAUGUGAACCAAAAACCGGUGUUUGGAGUAUUAACCUCGGACAGCGUGUUUUAUGCUCCCUUGCUUGGUUUUUUUGUCUUCACCGGCAUUCCCUCUUCGGCUUUCCUUUGGUUCAAAUCUGUUCAAGCUGCUAACAAGGAAGCAGAGGAACAAGACAAGAAGGAUGGAUAUUUAUAGAGGUGGAUUCUGAUUUGCAUUCUGAGGAAAAUGCACAUACUGUCGUGUUAAAUGUGAAUAUUAAAUUUUAUGUAUGAAUACAGAUAUUAGUAUGGUAGAAUGGAGCACCAUUGUCAUCAUGUAAUCAACACAAUUUCUGUCAAAGUAAGAAUGGUGUAUGAUGAUGUUAAGUGAAUCUUCUAGAAAUGCUUGACUUUGAUAUCUGUAUGUGAAUGCUGAAAAAUAUGUAAAAAUAAUCUCUCAAUGUUAAUGUCAAA